GUUCUUUCUGAAGUCAGAUCUGCUGAGGUGGGCCUUCGUGGUGAUGAUGACACGAGAUGGGUAGUCCGUUCCGGCGCUUGUUCGGCACAGGCCCAGCUCUUUCAUGCUCGUUGACAGAGUAGAAGCUGCUUGGUCUGACUGGUUGCAUAGGCGGGUUCCUCCCCAGCACACCCCGCCGCCGCAGCGGAGCCGAGCCCGAUGCCGCCCAAGGCGUCGAAGAAGGACGGCGAGCCGGCGGAGCGCCCCAUCCUCGGCCGCUUCUCCUCCCACCUCAAGAUCGGAAUCGUUGGGUUACCCAAUGUUGGCAAAUCAACUUUCUUCAACAUAGUAACAAAGUUGUCCAUCCCAGCUGAGAACUUCCCAUUCUGUACCAUUGAACCAAAUGAGGCACGGGUACAUGUUCCGGAUGAGCGAUUUGACUAUCUUUGCCAACUUUUCAAGCCAAAGAGUGAGGUGGCUGCAUAUCUGGAAAUCAACGACAUAGCCGGGCUUGUUAGAGGAGCAAGUGCAGGGGAGGGUCUGGGCAAUGCCUUCUUAUCCCAUAUACGUGCUGUUGAUGGAAUCUUUCAUGUCUUGAGAGCAUUUGAAGACACGGAAAUCACCCAUAUUGAUGAUACAGUUGAUCCUGUUCGUGAUUUGGAAACUAUUACUCAAGAACUGAGGCUCAAGGAUAUAGAGUUUGUGCAGGCUAAAAUUGAUGACCUUGAGAAGGCAAUGAAGAGGAGCAAUGACAAGCAACUUAAGAUAGACCAUGAAUUAUGUCAGAGGAUCAUGACACAUCUUCAAGACGGGAAAGACCUACGUUUAGGAGAAUGGAAAGCUGCUGAAAUUGAGAUCUUGAAUACCUUUCAGCUGCUUACUGCUAAGCCAGUUGUUUAUUUGGUGAACAUGAGUGAAAAGGACUACCUGAGAAAAAAGAACAAGUUUCUACCAAAGAUACAUGCUUGGGUGAAAGAGCAUGGUGGUGAAACUAUUAUUCCUUUCAGCUGUGCCUUCGAACAGAAACUAGUGGAUAUGCCAGAAGAUGAAGCUGCUAAAUAUUGCACCGAAAACCAAACGACAAGUUUGAUCCCCAAAAUCAUCAAGACUGGUUUUGCAGCAAUUCAUCUCAUAUACUUCUUCACUGCUGGUCACGGCGAGGUGAAGUGCUGGCAGAUCAGACGUCAAAGUAAAGCUCCGCAAGCUGCUGGUGCAAUUCACACUGAUUUUGAAAGAGGCUUCAUAUGUGCUGAGGUAAUGAAGUUUGAAGAUCUAAAAGAGCUGGGCAGUGAAUCUGCUGUGAAGGCUGCUGGGAAGUACAGGCAGGAAGGGAAGACGUACGUGGUGCAGGAUGGAGACAUCAUCUUCUUCAAGUUCAAUGUUUCUGGAGGCGGAAAGAAGUGAUAAAUUCAUCACAGGGUCGUGUAUUUUUGCAUUUUUGAGUUCACUUGCAAGUAGCCAGGUACUAUCAGUACGGAUUGCAGACUGCGGGGAGGCUAUAUAUAAAUUUUCAUUCGCUCUGCUUUUGAAAGUACUCCUCGAUGUUAUGAAGUCAUGUGUGCCAACGGCCAACUGUACACCUGAACGAUGUUUGAGGCCUCUAUUAGAAAACUGGAAGUUGUAACUUUGUGACGGGACAAGUUUGUCGUAAUUAGGAUGCAAAGUUCUUUGUUAUGCAA